GAUUUUAAAGAAUACUUUAGUAAAUGGGAAAAUGGAAAAGUUCUAUUAGGAACUUCAUUAUCAUGGCUCGUAUUAGAUAUAGCCUUUUACGGCAUAGGAUUGAACAAUGCGAUCAUCUUGCGAGCUAUUGGAUUUGGGGGUGGUGAAGACACCUAUUCAAUUCUUUGGAACAUGUCUGUUGGCAACAUUAUCAUCACCAUGUUAGGCACGAUUCCAGGAUAUUGGUUUACCGUUUUGCUAGUAGAUAGAUGGGGUCGUAAAAAGAUUCAACUAAUGGGAUUUAUAGUUCUUACUGUGUUAUUUGUGGUUUGGGGAUUAAGUUAUCAAUAUAUAAAACAAAAAAUGGCUCUAUUCGUUACCAUAUUCUCAUUAUGUCAGCUAUUUCAAAAUUUUGGACCUAAUGCAACGACAUUUGUCGUUCCAAGUGAAGUUUUUCCUACGAGAUACCGAUCCACCGGGUAUGGUAUAUCAGCUGCAUCCGGAAAACUUGGUGCAAUUAUAGCACAAGUAGGAUUCAUUCAACUCAAAGAUAUCGGCGGCAAGAACGAGUUUGUGGAUCGUUUAAUUUUAAUCUUUGCAUUCUUCAUGUUUCUUGGAAUUUUUUCAACGUUGUGGAUACCUGAAACAAAUAAAAAAACGCUAGAAAAGUUAUCAAAUGAGCAUCCACGAAUAGUUGUCAAUAGAAAGCAAACGCAAAAGA